CUUUUUCGCGACUUAUACCACAUCAUGUACGUUCUCUGGUAAUUAAUAAUUGUAAUACUUUGAGCCUUCGAAUCACACGAUACGCAAAUACACGAACAACACAAUGUCGUUCCGGUUCCCUCCACCUCCUCCACCGCCGCCGAAGGCUACAUCCAGCGAGCAGCCAUCCGCGAGUCAACGAGGUAGCCAUGCCCGAGGAGGUGGUGAUAGAGGUCGCGGGAGAGGUGGAAAUCAGCAUCGAGGAGGUGGCUUCAACAGCAUGGGUGGAAACGCCAGAGGCGGCCAUGGACAGAACCGCGGACGGGGAGAUGCGCGUGGCAGAGGCGGUCAAAGAGGCGGCUAUCAGAACAACAGGGGCGGCGCAAAUCAUCGAGGAGGGCAUAAUGCUGGCAACGGGCAGUACCAGACGAAUGCGCCGUCAGACAGUGCUUCUGCAAAUGGCAACAACAAUUCUACCUUCGCUGGCGGCGCGCAACAGUAUGACCCUAAUGCCCUCGCUCAGGUCAUGUCAUACAUGUCUACACCGGGCGGCGUACAGUCAAUGGCCGCAUAUGCAAACCAUAUGACGAGCACGGGCAGCUCCUCCUUUCCCCAGUCCUCACCGUCUCAGCAGACCCAAUCAAGCCCGCGGUAUUCGCCUCAGCAACACGCCGGUCAGAAGAGAAAGUUGAACGAUCGGAACAACAACCCAAAAUCCCAGUCGAACGGACCGCAGCCAAGUUCGAAGCCACCGAGGGCUAAGGCUGCGGUACCCCCACAGGUCCCUAGCUUCGGCUUCUCUCUCCCUCCACCACCCGUAGUACGACCGGACAACAAGAAGCGCAAGGUCAAUUUAGGACUGUCACACCAGCAGGUCCCGGAUGAGAGUAGCGAUGAGGAGGACGUUGACGAAGAAGCCGCAUAUACGGAAAAGCUCAAGGGUGGAGGGUUCGCGUUUGAGCACAACGGAGAGACAAUCAGCAUACAGACAGGGGCAGAGGUCGCGGCAUGGAUCAAAGACCGAAGAAAGAACUUUCCCACGGAACAGAGAGCCAUGGAGAAGGCAGAAGAGGCUGCAAGGAAACGAGCAGCCGAGCUUGACUUCUUGCGUAGAGUAAGUGGCAAGCCACCCAGAGAGCACAAGAACGACGGCCCGAACCCGGAGACGAAGCCUCGCGAGAAUCGACAGGACGGCAGGGUGAAGAAGGAUGAUAGGGUAAAAAAGGAGGCCGACAAUCGUAGGCAGGAAGAACUUGCAGCGUUGCGGAAGAAGCUUCACGAGAGCAUGACGAAGAAGCAGUCUACGCCAAACGUAGUAGAUUUAGGCCUAGGGUACGAAAGCGAGACGGAGUCUGAGGCAGAGAGUUCGGUAUUGUCAGAGUCAUCUGUGGUAUCGAGUUCCGAAGAGGACGAAUCCGAGUCGGAAUCAGGCGACAGCGACGAAGCACCCGAAACCACAUCGUCCAAGGUUGCUCCGCCACCCAUCAAGGUCCCACCUCCUGCGCGAGCGCCGAAGAAAGCUGAAACGAAGAGUAUGAGUGUGUGUACGAAUUGGAAGCGGAACGGGAGAUGCCCAUAUAUUAGCAAAUGUAGAUAUCAGCAUCCUCCAAAGGAAGAGGAGAAGCUACCGGGACUGUACGAGCGCAUGGUAGAGCAAGAGCUGGUCAAGGCAGAUCAACUGGCACUCGAUGCGAUCAAGUACCUGGGACAGAAUGGCUUCUUGGGCUGAGUGGAGUCUGUUCAUUCUCCAAUGACAUAUGUACAUCCCUCGUCUCCCACCCAUACUUCGUGUACCUUGUUCGCAUCUACGUCCCAUCUUGCGCCAGGGCCUAUUGUUUCCUUUUUCGCAUCAGGAUCGUCGGGAUAUGUAUAUGUUAUGGAGCCAUUGAGGACGAGGUGUGUGGUCUUGCCGCUGUGCUUGUGUGGCGAGUAGUGCGCGUU